AGAUGGUUAUGGUAAGGCUGACAAGCUUAGGAAGCAGACGACCAUGAAAGGACUACGAGAUGCUGUGUCUGAUUGGAAGAUGCGGUCCCAACGCUGUGCGUGAUACUGGGAUAUGAUACAACUGUAACGCUGCUGCUUUGCGUUCCUCUAUGGAUAUUCGCGGGUAUGAUCGUAUUUGCUCUUACAUGAGGCGUUACAAAUGCUUUAUUAUUUCCAAUGCACUCGACACCCUUGCAUUCAUCAUGUCGAUCUUUAUGAUGGACAAGGCUGCGCGCUAUAAUUCACUGUUCCUGAUGGCUCGAGUUAUAGCUGGAUACUUGGUGCUCUUAGGUUGGAUAAGCAGCACUUUCUUCAGAGAACCUGCGAAGCGCCGUUGAUAUUACUCUGAUGAACGCACUGGGCCAGACAGGCAAUGUUCUUGG